AUGAUAAAGAAAGAUGCUCAUGGGGUAAAGGUGAUUGGGGUUUGCAAUUACUGCAAAGAGGAAAUGCCGGCUGAUUCUAAGAAAAAUGGGACAACUGGUUUAAAAAAUCACUUAGCGAGGAGAUGCAAGCUCUCUCCUCUUUAUCAACGGGGUGAUGAAACUCAAUCGUUCUUAAAUUUAGAGACCAUGGGUGGUGGUCUAUUUCCCCAAACUUUUAACCAGAAGAGAAGUGAACUCAAGUGUGUUAUGUUCCUCAUUAAGGAUGAGAUGCCUUUUAGAGCGGUUGAAGGCUCCGGGUUCAAGGACUUCAUUACUGAACUUCAACCUAGUUUCAAGAUACCUAAUAAGAAGGAGAUUGCGGCGGGAGUGUGGGAUUUGUUCUUAGUGGAGAAGGCUAAGAUCAUGAGUCUUAUAGGUGAUCAAAGAGUAAGUAUCACAACCGAUACUUGGACAUCAAUUCAAAACAUCAAUUACAUGGUAGUCACUGCUCAUUUUAUGGACAAUGAUUGGAAGUUGCAUAAAAGGAUCAUCAAUUUCACAAAGAUCACUAGUCACAAGGGUGAUGACAUAGGGAGGUGCUUAGAGGCGUGUUUGAAUAGUUGGGGGAUUGACAAGGUCUUCAGCAUUACAGUUGAUAAUGCGUCCGCAAAUGAUGAAGCAGUUGAGUACAUGGCAAAGAGCCUCAAGUCAAAGAACACCAUUAUGCUUGAUGGCAAGUACUUGCAUAUGAGGUGUGCUUGUCACAUCCUUAAUCUAAUUGUUAAGGAUGUGUUGAAGGAGCUUUAUAACUCAAUUGAGGGGAUAAGGAAUUGUGUGAAAUACAUUCAUUCAUCUCCAGAAAGGUUGGCCAAGUUUAGGGACUUUGUCUUCUUAGAGAAAAAUGAGAAGAUGGCAAAUGUGCCCAUGGAUGAUGUUACUAGGUGGAAUGCAACUUAUAAAAUGCUUGAUGGUGCAUUGAAGUACAAGAAAGUGUUUAGUAGGAUGGCAAAUGACAAUGCUUCCUUUGUGGCGUAUUUUAAUGAGUAUGAGAAGGAUGCAAAGGAAGGGCUUGUGAAGAGAGUGGGCCCUCCAGUAGAGGAGGAUUGGGAGAAUGCACAAGCCUUGGUGCAUUUUCUUAAGAAGUUUUAUGAUACAACUCUUAAGCUUAGUGCAACCAAAACAUGUACAUCCAAUCUAGUAUUUACCGAAAUGGUUGGGUUACAAGUUGAGAUUGAGAAGAAAAUGAAGGAUGGUAGAGAUCCUAAAUUGCAAAGGGUGGCUUUUUCAAUAAAGUUAAAAUUUGAGAAGUUUUGGGGGAGCUUUGAGACUGUAAACAAGCUUGUCUUUGUAGCCCAUGUUCUGGACCCUAGAUAUAAAUUGCAAAUGCUUAAGAUCAUCUUUCGAAAUCUUGGAGCCGAGCCUACUAAGAUAGACUUUGUUGUUAGUGAGGUUAAAAAAUGUAUGCUCACUUUGUAUAAUGAGUAUAAAGGGUCUGCUAGUAUUGGGAGUCUACAAUUGUUUGAUUUACAAGAUGAGGAUGCUAAGGAUGAGCUUGAUGGUGAUGAUGCUCAAUCACAAUUGGUAAGGGACCUUUUGCAACAAAUAAAGGAGGAACAACUUGCGGACAUAUCCAAUGAAGUAGAUAAAUACUUCGCCGAUCCUUUUGAAAAUGCUUUUAACAAAGGGUUCAAACUCUUGGAUUGGUGGAAAGGGAAUCAAUCAAGAUAUCCAAUCCUUUCAAAUAUUGCCAAGGAAAUCUUUUCAAUCCCAAGUUCUACGGUUACUAGUGAGAAUGUUUUUAGCCUGGGUAAGAGGAUUGUGGAUCCUUUUAGAAGUUCAUUGACUCCUGAAAUGGUAGAGGCAUUAGUGUGUACUUGUGAUUGGCUUAGAGCGGAUGAAUUUUGCUUCUACAAAGAGCCUACGGACGAGGAGCUUGAAUUUUAUAAGCAACUUGAAGAAAUCCAAGCAAUUUCGUCUACUGCUCAAACUUCUACAAAUCAACCGCCUCCUCUACAUUCGUCUUCUACAUCAUGA